GUCAAUUUAAUAUCCAAAGUUCUAUAAAAUCCUUGGGAUCUUUUUCAGAAGCUUAAUCCAACCAAAUGAGAUAUCGAAAUAGUCAAUCAGUUAGUCAACGCUACUCCUUUUCGUUGUGUAUCCAUAUAUUACUAGUCACGGCUUUCAUCACCAACGCAGAGCAACACGAUGGCAGCAAAAGUUGCUUCUCCUCCCACAAAUCCUAGUGCACCGCAUAGACUGGCGCACGAUGUGACCAUAGGUGAAGCUUUAGUAUCGGAAGCAGCAGCAAUUGCUCUGAUCGGAGCCACCACUUUCGCAGCAACCUUCGGGUACUCAGUACCGGACAAUGACCUAGCAGACUUCUUAGCAGCAACGUACUCGGAAAAGGCCAUCGAGGCAGAGAUAUCGAGUGCACAAGAAAACAACGUCACCACCUUCGUGGCUCGUAGCAAAACGGGCGUCGUGCUGGGUUUCGUGCAGCUCGUCCGUGAGCUCACAGAUCCGUGCUUGGAGGGCGAGCCCUCUUCGCACGCGGAGUUGAGGAGGCUCUACGUCGACGUCUCCACACAGGGCUUGGGGGUGGGCAGCAAGCUCAUCGCAGCCGUCGAAGAAAAGGCCAAAGCGGAGGGGUUCAAGCAGCUGUGGUUGACCGUCUGGGAGGACAACGUCAGGUCCCGCCAACUUUACGAGAAGCUGAGUUAUGUGAAGAAGGGCGAAACGGACUUUGCUACUGGUGCGUGCAUACAGACGGAUUGGGUGCUCUCGAAAAACUUGUGAUGUUUUUCUUUCCCGUCAUUUAUUCGGAGUCUGGGGUUUGGGUUUAGGGGAGGGUUUUGGUAGAGGGGCGCUGUGUUACAAGCUAUGUCGGCAUUUAUUAGCGGAUGUUAGGGUGGUGUAUUCCAGUACACAUCAAUUAGCACGGUGAGCGUUUGCGCAUUAGACGGGCUGGAGCCAAUAGAGAUGGAUAGAAAGGUUUCAGCUUUGCACAAUUGGCACAUUGUACAGCAGACAUAGUUGAUUAU